UUCCCGCCAUUUUCAGCUCUGUGUCUCAAAUGUUGGCUUCCACGUCAACAGUAAAGAACACGUGGCGCCUAACCCUAGCGCGGCCACGUUGGCACAGCGCUGCACAGUCACUCUGAGUAGGCGUUUAUAAAAACUGAGCAUUAUUCAGUGUUCCGACGCACUUUGGUCUCUGGUUGUUUUGGGUUCCGAUGGAGGAAGGUCGAAAGAGACUUGGAUGUGACGUCUCCGGUCAGGUUUCCGGGAAUAUGGCGCUGGCUUCGGCCCCCUCGGAGGGUGAAGGUGAGGGCGACAGCGACGAUGACAUCAUGGCAUGGCUGUCGAUUGACGAGGACUCGGUUGUGGAGCUGAUGGAGCUGUUGGAGCCGGAGGUGACCUCACCGAUCAAGGUGAAGUUCAUCGACAACCCCUACGUGUCAACGUUGAUAUUUCAGUCGUCGGCAUCGUACGUGACCAUCAACGGCAACGAGGAGAGCUGCGGGUCGUCGUUUUCCGACUCGGAGGCCUCCAUCAUGGCCAGCAUCGACAUGGGCGGCGUCAGAGUCCACCCUGUUUCCAGCUUGGCUGGGGAGUUUCCUGCAGCGAGUGGCGGCGGAUGGGGUUUGGGUGAGAGUGCCUGGGCAGAGAAUGGGGACGGAUUCAACGGCUGGGAUGGAUUUGAGUGGGACGACGAUUUGCUGGCAAGGUUUCUGGGUGAGGACCUCUUCUGAGAGACUGUGAAAAACUAUGAAUAGAGUUUUUUUUUUUUUUUUUUUCUCCUUUUCCUUUUUGUGUUUUUAGGGUUUUUAGGGUUUAUGACUGUUAAUAGAAUACACAGAGAAGAAGAAUAGAAAAAAUGAAAACCCUGUUUUGCCUCUGCAUG